CCACUCCUAACUCCAACUUCUAUUUUCCCCCAUUUUUCACUUUACAAUGAAACUUCACAUCUCAACUCUCAUUACUACUAUUCUCUUAUCUCUAUCAUUCGUUUCGAUUGUUGAAUCAACUCAGCCACCCUUCUCUUGUGAUUCGUUGAAUCCGCAAACCAAAUCGUUAAAAUUUUGCCAAACAGGACUUCCAAUUAGUGUACGUGUACAAGACCUUGUUUCUCGACUCACACUCGAUGAAAAAAUAUCUCAACUAGUUAACUCAGCCCCUGCUAUACCCAGACUCGGUAUUCCGGCGUAUGAGUGGUGGUCGGAGUCGUUACACGGCGUUGGUUCUGCCGGAAAAGGUAUUUUCUUCAAUGGGAGUAUUGCCGGAGCCACCAGUUUUCCCCAAGUUAUUCUCACUGCUGCAACUUUUGAUGAGAAUCUAUGGUACCGCAUUGGUCAGGUGAUUGGAGUAGAGGCAAGGGGAGUAUACAAUGCAGGUCAAGCAAUAGGUAUGACAUUUUGGGCACCAAAUAUAAAUAUAUUUAGGGACCCAAGAUGGGGAAGAGGUCAAGAGACACCAGGGGAGGACCCAAUAAUGACUGGCAAAUAUGCAAUUAGGUAUGUGAGAGGAGUACAAGGUGACAGCUUUAAUGGUGGACAACUUAAAAAAGGUCACCUCCAAGCUUCUGCUUGCUGCAAACAUUUCACUGCUUAUGAUUUGGAUCAAUGGAAAAACUUGGAUCGAUUUAGCUUCAAUGCCAUUGUUACCCCUCAAGAUAUGGCAGAUACAUUUCAGCCCCCUUUCCAAGAUUGUAUACAGAAAGCACAAGCCAGUGGAAUUAUGUGCUCUUACAAUAGUGUUAAUGGAAUCCCAAGUUGUGCUAAUUAUAAUCUUUUAACUAAAACAGCUCGUCAACAAUGGGGUUUUCAUGGGUACAUUACAUCCGAUUGUGACGCAGUUCAAGUCAUGCAUGAUAACCACAGGUAUGGAAAUACACCAGAAGAUUCAACAGCAUUUGCACUUAAAGCUGGCAUGGAUAUAGACUGUGGGGAUUACUUGAAGAAAUACACAAAAUCAGCAGUAAUGAAGAAAAAAGUAUCACAAGUUCAUAUAGACAGGGCUCUUCACAAUCUUUUUUCCAUAAGAAUGAGGUUAGGAUUAUUCAAUGGGGAUCCAAGAAAACAGCUCUAUGGAAACAUUAGUCCUAGCCUGGUUUGUGCUCCACAACACCAAGAAUUAGCCCUUGAAGCUGCAAGAAAUGGCAUUGUCUUGCUCAAGAAUACUGGCAAGUUGCUUCCUCUUUCCAAGGCGAAAACCAACUCCCUUGCUGUCAUUGGACAUAAUGCCAACAAUGCUUAUAUUCUUCGUGGUAACUAUGACGGUCCUCCUUGCAAAUACAUCGAAAUUCUCAAGGCAUUGGUUGGUUAUGCAAAGUCAGUGCAGUACCAACAGGGUUGCAAUGCGGCUAACUGCACAUCUGCUGAUAUUAAUCAAGCUGUCAACAUUGCAAGAAAUGCAGAUUAUGUGGUUUUAGUCAUGGGGUUGGAUCAAACUCAAGAGAGAGAACAAUUUGAUCGCGAUGACUUAGUGCUCCCGGGGCAGCAAGAAAAUCUCAUUAAUAGUGUUGCUAAAGCUGCAAAGAAGCCUGUUAUAUUGGUGAUCCUUUCAGGAGGUCCAGUCGAUAUUUCUUUCGCGAAAUACAACCCCAAAAUUGGAAGCAUUUUGUGGGCUGGCUAUCCUGGUGAAGCUGGAGGAAUUGCUUUAGCUGAAAUCAUAUUUGGUGAACAUAAUCCUGGGGGUAAAUUACCUGUUACAUGGUAUCCUCAGGCCUUUGUCAAAAUACCAAUGACAGACAUGAGGAUGAGACCAGAUCCAAAAACAGGUUACCCUGGUAGAACAUAUCGAUUCUACAAAGGUCCCAAAGUUUACGAGUUUGGAUAUGGUCUUAGCUACACAACUUAUUCCUAUGGAUUCCACUCUGCCACUCCAAACACAAUCCAGUUAAAUCAAUUAUCUUCUGUAAAGACAGUUGAAAAUUCAGACUCAAUCCGUUACACGUCUGUGGAUGAAAUAGGAAGUGACAACUGUGAGAAGGCGAAAUUCUCAGCUCAUGUUAGUGUGGAAAACUCAGGGGAAAUGGAUGGUAAGCAUCCAGUACUACUUUUUGUGAAACAGGACAAAGCGCGAAAUGGAAGUCCUAUCAAACAGUUAGUUGGAUUCCAAAGUGUAAGCUUGAAGUCAGGGGAGAAUUCAAAACUUGUGUUUGAGAUCAGUCCUUGUGAACAUCUUAGCAGUGCUAAUGAAGAUGGAUUAAUGAUGAUAGAAGAAGGAUCACGUUACCUUGUCGUUGGAGAUGCAGAGCAUCCUAUUAACAUCAUGAUGUGAAACCAAAAAAAAUUGGUUGCAAAAGGUUAUUGUUACUAUUUUGAAUUUCAAGAAUCCUCUCUAAAUACCUAUAGGAGUGGCAAUGCUGCAGCAGCAACAGCUAAAGUAUAGAUAUCAAGAUGAAUUUGAGCUAUUAUCUCUUUGUCUUGCUAGAUAUCUAUUUUAUUUUCUCCUCUUUUCUUUCAAGAACUCGAAAAGUUUUAUAAGAAAUUCAAGUAC